AUGUCCAAUAAACUGUCGAAUUUCUCAGCUGUUUCUUGAGUCUUCUGUCGUAUGUCGAAAAUCAAAAUAAAACUUGUAAAAUUGUAAAAUUUAAUUUACCAAAAUGAGCAAUAAAGUUCCCCUACGAGAUAUUUCGCCGCUUAUGCAGGCUUUUAGAAACUUCCUUCUUGGCAGAAAACAUACAACUGCCUUGAGAUCUGAGCACCUCAUAGCAGCUAGGACUCAACCGCCACCGCAAAUUCCUGAUGGACCUUCACACAAACAUGCCCACAACUAUUACUACACUCGUGAUGGUCGCCGGGAAGUCAAACCACCUCUAGUCCUCACUCAAAAACUGCUUGCUGACAGCAGUGCUGAUAAAGGAACACCCAAAGCUGCAGUCAAUGUUAGGCCCACUCCAGGAAAGCUAUUCCAGUGGGAUAAACAUUAUGAAUAAAACUUAUUUAAGUCACACAAUCAUUUUGUUGUUAUUAAUUUAAUUGUAAUAUAUAGAUUUCACCUC